AUGUUGAAUCUUGCAAUUGAAAUAUCCACCCUUCGAACCAAUUCAAAUCUUAAACAACAAAUGCCAUCUCGUCAAGCAGAUAUUCCUAGCGCCUUAAUUGGAGUCAACAACUUGGUUAUUGACCAAGCAAAAGGUAAAGUUACCAUUUCCGAAGAAGUUAUCAAAAAAUUAGCCCCUGGAUCAGUUGACUACUUGCCAACAUGGACCAAAAGUGAAAAGUAUGAGCCAUAUGAGUUUCAAGAACACCAGGACAAUGCCUUGAAGGCAGACAAAGAGUUGCCAAACUUGUUUCCAACGGGUAAAAAGGUUGAAGUGACUACCAUUUCUCCAAAGUUGGGUACUGAAAUCAGAGGUGUUCAGUUGUCAGAGUUGAACGAUGCCGGUAAGGAUGAGGUUGCUUUGCUUGCUUCUCAAAGAGGUGUGUUGGUUUUCAGAGACCAAGACUUGAUUUCCAAGGGACCUGAUUAUUUGACCAAAUAUGUCAGUCAUUAUGGGACUUUGCACAUCCACCCAACUUCUGGUGCGCCACAAGGACAUCCAGACAUUCAUUCUGUCUUGACUGGAAAUGCUAAAGAGGACCCAUUUGCAAAGAGAAACAGACUUGUUGGUUUCCACUCUGACGUCAGUUACGAAUUGAACCCUACUGGUGUUUCUUUCCUUGCUGUUACUAGUAUCCCAAAAACCGGUGGAGGAGAUACAGUCUUUGCUGACAACAUUGAAGCUUACAACCGUUUGUCUCCCAAGUUUCAAGAAAAGUUGCAGGACUUGUAUGCUGUUCAUAGUGCUGUUGAGCAAGCAAACUAUGCAGUUUUGAAAGGAGGGGUGGUUAAGAGACACCCUGUUGAAAACAUUCACCCAAUUGUUCGUACCACUCCUUCUGGACAAAAGGUCUUGUACGUCAACACCGGUUUCACUAGAAGAAUUGUUGAUUUGAAAACCGAAGAGUCAGAGUACUUGUUGAAGUUUUUGCUUGACCACAUCAACAAUGGCCAUGACUUCCAAAUUAGAGUCAACUGGCAACCAGGAACUGUUGUUAUCUUUGACAACCGUAUUGUUAGUCACUCGGCAAUUUUGGACUUUGACACCACUGACCCAAGAUUAAUCAUUCGUGCUGCUGCUAGAGCUGAAAGACCAGUGCAUGACUUGAAAGAUUUGAACAAGCCAGAUGAAAACUUGGUCUUUGAAGGUCCAGAAUACUUUGGAGGUAAAUAG